ACGUCACCACCACCAGAGAGGCUGGAGCAGGCAACUGUACCUCGGCUGACACAUAUACAACACACAGAGCUCAUCAGCAGCGCAGCAGCGAGACAUGCCUUAAUAAUACGGCAGCAAAACGGGGACAAGCUGCAGCUCCGAGAACCCGUGGAUGUCUGUUGCAGCAGCCUCAGUUCAGGAAUGUGCACCCUGCAGCCCCUGAGGAGAAAAUGAAGCGCAAGAGCGAGAGGAGACGAGCCGAGUCGAGGAAAAGGCGCUGUGCAACUCACAACAGCUCGGAGGCGGCGCCAAACUCUGAUAUUUACAUUGAGAUAACAGAUCAGUUAUAUUUCGCCAUACUCAAGCAGAAGAUCAAGAGCACAGCGGAAAGACACUGUUUCUGCAUAGAUGAAGAGCUGGCAUAUGAGAACUUUUAUGCGGACUUUGGUCCCCUUAACUUGGCCAUGUUUUAUCGCUUCUGUUGCAAGCUGACAAAGAAACUCAAGUCCAUCACACUUUCAAGAAAGAAGAUUAUAUUUUAUACCUGUGGAGAUCAGAAGAAACAAGCCAAUGCUGCCUACCUAAUCGGCUCAUAUGCUGUAAUGAACCUAAACAUGUCACCAGAGGAGGCCUACAGUCUACUGGUGUCAAGGAAUUCAACAUAUAUUCCAUUCAGAGAUGCUUCGUUUGGAACCUGCAUGUACAAUCUGAACAUCCUUGACUGCCUCCGUGCUGUUCAUAAGGCUCUGCAGUAUGGCUGGCUUGAUUUCUCUAACUUUGAUGUGGAGGAGUACGAGCACUAUGAGAGGGCAGAAAAUGGAGACUUCAACUGGAUCAUUCCAGGAAAGUUUCUUGCUUUCAGUGGGCCUCACCCAAAAAGCAAAAUAGAGAAUGGUUACCCUCUGCACGCCCCUGAGGCUUACAUCCCGUACUUCAGGAAACACAACAUCACAACUGUCAUCAGAUUAAACAAGAAGAUGUACGAUGCCAGACGGUUCACAGAGUCUGGCUUUGAGCAUCAAGAUCUGUUCUUUGUGGACGGGAGUACCCCAAACGACUCCAUCGUCAGGAAGUUCCUCAACAUCUGUGAGAAUGCAGAAGGAGCCAUUGCUGUCCACUGCAAAGCUGGCCUGGGGAGGACCGGUACUCUGAUUGGCUGCUACAUGAUGAAACAUUACCGCAUGACUGCUGCAGAGGUCAUUGCCUGGAUACGGAUCUGCAGACCAGGUUCUAUUAUAGGACCCCAGCAGAACUUUGUAGAGGCAAAACAGAACAGCCUGUGGGCAGAGGGAGAUGUUUUCCGGGAGAAGAUGCUCAACGAACGGGAGAACGGCAAGAUGGCAGUGACCAGGAUCCUGUCUGGUGUGGACGACAUCACCAUCAACGGGAGCAACAAGAACAGAUCACCCAAGAAGGAAGACAUGGAGCUGUACAACGAUGAAGAGGAGAGAAACAGUCUUACACAGGGUGAUAAACUGCGAGCACUGAAGAGCAAGAGGCAGGCCAGAUCAUCCGCAGGUUCACUAUCGCAGGUGGUAGCGUUCUGCUGCAGCCUCAUGGGCACGGUGUGGCCGAUGUGUUGCCUGCCGUUCAAAAGAUAGCAGAGAGAGGCAGACAGAGAGAGGGGGAGAGGAUGUGAGUUUUUGUAUGAUGGAGGUAAGUGCACGUCACUUCCUUUCUAGCUGACAUCCUCUUCCUGUAGAUGAUGGUUGCUAUGCCAGAGAACGGUAUGGCUGACUUGACUCUUUUGUUCUUUUUUUCUGUUCUUUGGAUGACUCUGGUGUGAAGUGGAUAUGCAUUAUUGGAUGCUGUACAUCUGCCACGCCUUUCAUUGUCUGCCUCUCAUGGCUGCUUUAUAUCAAGGCUUUAAUGAGAUAUCCUAUUGAGUUACAGUGAAGCUGACUGCACAUGUGAAAACAGCAACAUUCAUUCAACUAAUCACAGUUUCAUGGGAAAUCGGGUUAGUUGAAUUCAAUAUUUCAGCGCUUGGCUUGCACUAAUGAUUUUGCAGAUGUAGAAGGUUAAGGAGACUUGGAAAUAACUUCAGCCUUAUGACAAUCUUUUACAAGUUUGGUUGUAUUUGUAUAAAUUAGCAGCUUUUAAGAGCAUUCUUGGAAGAGGUGAACCAUCAUUAUCUUGACCUAGGGUGUCAAUGUUCAGUGCUUUGAUACUUGUCAGUAAGUCAUGCUUAAAUCUAUAUGGUCUCCUUUACUGUAAUGAUUAUGAGUAUCAAAAGGUACAGACUUUAACAACAGCUGUAGACCUUCAGUCUUGUAGCUGCAAGGGCAGCCACGAAAACAAAUGGAGGGCAGUGGUGGUUCAUAUUGUCUUUUUGGUUUUUCAUAAAGGUGCAAUAGUCAUGUUCAUGUGUCUAUGGGAAUGGUUAAGGAAGGUGGUUGGACAUGCAUUACAUUUAGGUAAAGGCCAACUCAAACUUUUUCUGCUAUGUGUCUUUGGUACCAACAUGCUGUUUAUGUUUAGUAUUAUUUUUGCAAUUUAUAUUGUGUACAGGACUUUUCGUGCAAUUUCUGCCACUAAAAACAAGAAAUUUCCCAUCAUAAGGUGCCUAGAAGGAUGUAAUUUUGUUGCUCUGGUAUCAAAAACAUUUUACUUGUAUGUUUAGUCGUUUUUUUUUUUGUUUUUUUUGUCUGUAACUUUGACUGUGCCGCUGCUGUCUUGGCCAGGACACUCUUGAAAAAGAGAUUUUUAAUCUCAAUGAGGUUGUUCUCCUGGUUAAAUAAAGGUGAAAUAAAAAGGUGCCAGCAUAGUUUGAUUUUUUAUAACUAUCAUAUUGGCUUUUCAGACUGAUAUUGUGAUAUCCCAAUUUCUGACUUGAAAAAAAUUAAAAGGCCUCUCAUGUGAGCUUCUGUCAGAGUUUUGGGGUGAAAGUGGGUUUUCUCAGAGUCGAGGCAGAAGGGAGAUUUGCUUACACUACAGGCUUCAUCAGUUAAUGCACUGCUACACAAACGUCACCAUCUGGCUCCACUGUUUUUUUUUUUUAUUUUGUGAUACUGAAGCACAUGAUGAAUUUAGGGACGAUUACACAGGGAAAGAAACAGUGUCUUCAUCUUUCCUGCCUUUUCAUGCAUGGCAACAGGCAUGAAACCCUUUGACGUGCACGCAUGGACAUGCAUCCAUGUUUGAUCUCUGUUUGUGUCUAACAUGUUGUUAAUGUUGGCCCGGGGUUCAUUGUCAAUUGCCUGUUGUUUUUCCAUUGCUUUCUGUGACUGGAUCAGUGUACAAUACCAUCUGGGCUUGGGUUACACUUCAAGGUUUUAUUAUCUGUUAGCUUGUUUUAAAUAAUUUGAGUUUAAAAACUUUGAUAUUAUAUGUGCAGACCUUUGAUUGUUCAUAUAAGUAUUUCUUAAGUAUAUGUCAACUUAAUUUCAUUUAUUUUGUGACAAAUAUGAUCGGUUUCAAAGUAUUUUUUGCAUUAGGAUAUUUCUAUUGAUUCUUAUGUCCUUGUUAACAUUUUUUUAAUGUUACAUCCUUGUAUUUCUACUUUAGGUAUCAGCUUAAGUCUUUUGCCAAGCAUAAGAAACCUUGCUGUUAUGUUUCAUCUUUUUUAUAAAGUUUCUGUAGAAAUGGAGUAUCAGCCUGUACAUUUUUAGCCCUUUUUUAAAUACAUACUUCAAAGCUUGCACCUCAGCUGGGCUCUAACUAUAGAGCAAAGUGCUAAUACAUCAGAGCUGCUGAAGGACAAAAACUUGCUGACUGGCGCUCUAUGAAAGGUAUUUUAUCUAAUCCAGUCCCAGUGGAAAAGCAGAACAUCAGAGGCUUUGUGUCCUGCCUGGACGUCUCUUGUCUCUUCUUUCUUUUUUUUCCCCUUUUUUCCGUUUGCUCUUGUUGUUGGAUU